UGUUAUUGUUGACAGACGGAGCUUCUGAGGGGAAAUGGCGGUGUCUCGUCGAUCCUCUCAGCAUCAACACAGUAGCCUGCAGUCGUCUACGCGGAACGCCGUGAUCACCUCUUCGUCUCCCGAAUCCCCCUCCGUGAUUUUUCCCGAAGCAACGAGUUCAUUAAGCCCCAUCGCCGGUCGCGAGGCGGAAUGCAGCGGAGCUACGAUGGACGCCGCUGCGGCCUCCUCCGCCUCUUCUCCGGAGCGACCCGCAACAGUGACGUCGGCGAUCGGCAGCUCCAGCUGCAGCAGCAUUAGCUCCAGCGCGACCGCAGGAAGCCAGAGCCCCGGCUCGGGGGCCGCCAGUCCCGUGGAGCUAGUGUGCGGGGCCGGCGGGGCGUUCAGGGAGCUCUUCGAGGCCUGCCGUAACGGAGAUGUGUCGAGGGUGAAGCGGCUAGUGGACUCGGUGAAUGUGAACGCCAAAGACAUGGCCGGGAGAAAAUCAACACCACUGCAUUUCGCUGCAGGCUUUGGCAGAAAGGACGUUGUUGAGCAUCUCCUGCAGACCGGAGCAAACGUACACUCGCGUGAUGACGGUGGUCUGAUCCCGCUCCAUAACGCCUGCUCAUUCGGACAUGCAGAGGUUGUCAGCCUGCUGUUGUGUAGCGGCGCGGACCCCAACGCACGAGACAACUGGAACUACACACCCCUGCACGAAGCUGCCAUCAAGGGCAAGAUAGACGUGUGCAUUGUGUUGCUCCAGCAUGGUGCUGAUCCAAACAUCAGAAACACUGACGGUAAAUCAGCUCUGGAUCUGGCAGACUCAUCUGCCAAAACAGUCCUCACUGGUGAAUAUAAGAAAGAUGAACUGUUGGAGGCAGCGAGGAGUGGAAAUGAGGAAAAGCUGAUGGCUCUUUUGACCCCACUUAAUGUCAACUGUCAUGCCAGCGAUGGACGCAAGUCAACAUCACAAAAAAUGCUGUCCACCCCUCUUCAUCUGGCCGCCGGGUAUAAUCGUGUUCGUAUAGUGCAACUAUUGCUGCAGUACGGAGCAGAUGUCCAUGCCAAAGAUAAAGGUGGUCUAGUUCCUUUGCAUAAUGCCUGUUCUUACGGUCACUAUGAGGUCACAGAACUCCUGUUGAAGCAUGGGGCGUGUGUUAACGCCAUGGACCUAUGGCAGUUCACCCCUCUGCACGAGGCAGCCAGUAAGAAUCGAGUGGAGGUGUGUUCACUGCUGCUGAGUCACGGAGCCGAUCCCACACUGCUCAACUGCCAUGGAAAGAGUGCGGUGGAUGCGGCGCCCACACCUGAACUUAAAGAGAGACUCACCUAUGAGUUUAAAGGUCACACACUUUUGCAAGCAGCCCGUGAGGCGGACAUGGCAAAGGUCAAGAAAACAGCACAAGAGAUCAUCAGCUUCAAACACCCUCACUCGCAUGACUCUGCUCUGCACUGCACAGUGACCUCUCCUCACCCCAAACGCAGACAGGUCACGGAGCUGCUGUUGCGGAAAGGUGCCAACAUUCACGAGAAGAACAAAGAUUUUAUGACUCCUUUCCAUGUAGCAGCUGAACGGGGUCAUAAUGAUGUGCUUGAGGUCCUGCAGAAACAUGGAGCUAAGGUGAAUGCUGUGGACACGCUGGGACAGACCGCUCUGCACAGGGCAGCCCUCGCUGGCCACAUCCAGACAUGCCGUCUGUUGCUGGGGUACGGAGCUGACCCGUCAAUCGUUUCUCUGCAGGGCUUCACUGCUUCACAGAUGGGCAAUGAAGCCAUACAACAAAUACUCAAUGAAAACAUUCCUCCUCGUAAUUCAGAUGUGGACUACCGUUUUCUGGAAGCCGCUAAAGCCGGAGACCUUGACACGGUGAAGCAACUGUGUUCCCCUCAAAACGUGAACUGUCGUGAUCUAGAUGGGCGUCACUCCACCCCAUUGCAUUUCGCUGCAGGCUACAACCGCGUGGUCGUGGUGGAGUACCUGCUGCAUCAUGGAGCCGAUGUUCACGCUAAAGAUAAAGGUGGUCUGGUCCCUUUGCACAACGCAUGUUCGUACGGUCACUACGAGGUUGCAGAGUUGCUGGUGAGACAUGGCGCAUCAGUGAACGUGGCUGAUCUUUGGAAGUUCACUCCACUACAUGAGGCUGCAGCCAAGGGCAAAUAUGAGAUCUGUAAACUACUGCUAAAGCAUGGCGCAGACCCGUCUAAAAAGAACCGUGAUGGCAGCAUGGCUCUGGACAUGGUGAAGGACGGAGACACGGACAUCCAAGACCUGCUGCGAGGAGACGCCGCCCUGCUGGACGCCGCCAAGAAGGGCUGUCUCGCCCGUGUACAGAAACUCUGCAGCCCUGAGAACAUCAACUGCAGGGACACACAGGGAAGGAACUCCACCCCACUGCACCUCGCAGCUGGCUAUAAUAAUCUGGAGGUGGCCGAGUAUCUUCUGGAGCAUGGCGCAGAUGUGAACGCUCAGGAUAAAGGAGGACUGAUCCCUCUGCAUAACGCCGCUUCAUAUGGGCAUGUUGAUAUCGCCGCUCUCCUGAUCAAGUUCAACACGUGUGUGAAUGCGACAGAUAAAUGGGCUUUUACUCCGCUGCAUGAGGCUGCACAGAAGGGCCGUACACAGCUGUGUGCUCUGCUGCUGGCACAUGGUGCCGACCCAACCAUGAAGAACCAGGAAGGACAGACGGCUCUGGACCUUGCUACGGCUGAUGACAUCCGUGCAUUGCUGAUGGAUGCAAUGCCCCCUGACGCUCUGCCAAGCUGCUUCAAACCGCAGGCCACCGUGCUCAGCGCUGCUCUGAUAUCACCUGCUUCCACCCCCUCUUGCCUCUCUGCUGCCUCCAGUAUCGAUAACCUGGCAGGCCCGCUCAGUGACGUGGCCAGUGGAGGGGCAACAGGACCCGCUGAUGGGGCCACUGGAACUGAGAGGAAGGAAUGCGAUGCUGUUCUAGAUAUGAAUAUCACUCAGUUCCUUAAGAGUCUGGGGCUCGAGCACCUGCGGGACAUCUUUGAGAGCGAACAGAUCACUCUGGAUGUGCUGGCUGAUAUGGGUCACGAGGAACUCAAGGAGAUCGGCAUCAAUGCUUAUGGACACAGACACAAACUCAUCAAAGGCAUCGAGAGGCUGCUGGGAGGACAGCAGGGUGCAAAUCCAUAUCUGACGUUCCACUGCACCAAUCAGGGCACAGUCCUGAUCGACCUAGCAGUGGAUGAUAAAGAGUUUCAGUCUGUUGAGGAAGAGAUGCAAAGCACAAUUCGGGAGCACAGGGACGGAGGGAACGCAGGUGGCGUUUUCAGUAGAUACAAUAUUAUCAAGCUCCAGAAGGUGGUGAAUAAGAAACUGAGAGAGCGAUACACACACAGACAGAAAGAGAUCACAGACGAGAAUCACAACCACCACAACGAACGAAUGCUAUUUCAUGGAUCUCCAUUUAUUAACGCCAUCAUCCAUAAAGGAUUUGAUGAGCGUCAUGCAUAUAUUGGUGGCAUGUUUGGAGCUGGCAUAUAUUUUGCAGAGAACUCCUCCAAGAGUAACCAGUAUGUCUAUGGAAUCGGAGGAGGGACUGGCUGCCCCACUCACAAAGACCGAUCCUGUUACCUGUGCCAUAGGCAAAUGUUGUUCUGUCGGGUGACGUUGGGCAAGUCCUUCCUGCAGUUCAGUGCCAUGAAGAUGGCUCACGCUCCCCCGGGACAUCACUCUGUGAUCGGACGCCCCAGUGUCAACGGCCUGGCCUACGCAGAGUAUGUGAUCUAUCGCGGAGAACAGGCCUACCCGGAGUAUCUGAUCACAUAUCAGAUACUGAAGCCAGACAGCACGCCUCAGUCCUCCACAGGAGCGGAACAGAAAUCAUAGUCGGCACACUGCGUUUCAUCACUCACUCACUGCUCACUCACUCUUUCACACUGUCCUGUUGCACAAAGGAAAUGUGAACUUUACCAUUUACCCACGUCUUACCCAUGGAAUUACCAUUUAUGGAUUAUGAAUUUGCACUUUUAAAAACAAGUUACUUAAGUUAUUUGAAAAUAGUUGCAAUUGUGAAGUCUAAUGUACAGGUAGUAUAAAGAAAGCGUAAAACUGACUGCGUUUAACAAUGAUAUUUGAGUUGUAUUUUAAUGGAACUGUUUUUUUUUUUUUUUGGAGUCUGUUAAUUUCUUUUAAAUAAAUCUCAUCAGAACAAGACUCACUCGUAUGACUUU